GGGACAUCCAGCACCGUUGAAACACAUGACCACAAAUGCACUUCCAUGCAUGGAGUGUGGCGCUUCUCUUAACAAAGUGUCAACACUGGACUGACGCUUUUUGCCCGAGCGCCGCCAAAGAGCACGUUGGACCUCCGGGUCAAGAGGGCGCUCUUUGUCCGGAGUCAGGAGUUUGGGACUGGAACAUCCCUCAGUCCGACAGGGAAGCGAGGAAAGGGGGAGGCACAAGAGAAAGAGAAAGAGGGCGAAAAACACUCAGAAGGUCCUCCAGCGGUGCUUCCAAGCGGCGAACAAAGUAACACAAACCCGGACAAACUCACUUGUAUGUUUCCGCAGGAGCUGAGCGUUGUUCGGAGUGCGUUGUUCAACCAUUACGGUCCCUCGGUGGAAGUAUUUUGAUCUUCUUUUUCUCAGCCUCUCCCCUCUUCAGAGGACGGAUCGCCUCCCGCACUUUAAAUCCAACAACUCGAUUUGUGUGUUUUCUUUCCAUGCGGUCGUGAGUGGAUACAUGUCAAAUCAGCUGUUUUUGCGUGUCACCGCCACUGACGUUUCAUGCGGACAUUUGAAGUGUGGAUAUGCGAGGGAAACUUUUGAAGGAUGAAGAGGAGAAAAACGAGUGAAUGCUGGCAUUCUUUAUAUCGUCACGCUGACAUGCAUCUGCUCGGAAAGUUGUGAAAUUGCUUCAUAGUGGAUGAUAAGCACCGCGUAGUGGACUCUUGUGUGAUUGUGUGUGCAAAGGCAGAGGGUAUGGAAGAGUGGAGGCAAUGCGGGCGGUGGCUGAUAGACUGCAAGGUCCUGCCCCCGAACCACCGGGUGGUGUGGCCCUCAGCAGCCGUGUUCGACCUGGCACAGGCCCUGCGUGAUGGGGUGCUCCUGUGCCAGAUGUUGCACAACCUCUCUCCUGGAUCUGUGGACCUGAAGGAAAUCAAUUUCAGACCUCAGAUGUCACAGUUCCUGUGUCUGAAGAACAUCAGGACAUUCCUCAAGGUAUGCCAUGACAAGUUUGGCCUGCGGAACAGUGAGCUGUUUGACCCUUUUGACCUCUUUGAUGUCAGAGACUUUGGCAAGGUGAUCUCCACUCUGUCAAGGAUCUCCCACCACAGCAUUGCACAAAUCAAAGGAAUCAGGCCUUUCCCCACUGAGGACACAACCUUGAAUGAGGACGAUGUGUACCGGAGCCUUGAAGAGCUGGCAGAUGAGCACGACCUGGGUGAGGAUGACAUCUACGACUGCGUGCCAUGUGAGGACGACGGCGAUGACAUCUAUGAGGACAUCAUUAAGGUGGAAGUACGACAACCCAUGAUCAGAUACAUGCAGAAAAUGGGCAUGACAGAAGAUGACAAGAGGAAUUGCUGUUUAGUUGAGAUCCAGGAGACUGAGGCCAAGUAUUAUAAAACUCUAGAAGACAUUGAGAAGAACUACAUGAUCCCGUUGAGGCAAAUCUUGAGUCCGCAGGACAUGGAGGCUAUCUUUGUUAACCUUGAGGAUGUGAUCAAAGUACACUUUGCCCUCCUGCGAGCCAUCGACCUCAACAUGGUCACUGGAGGAAAUGGUCUGGGAAAGAUCUUCCUUGACUUCAAAGAAAGGUUGUUGAUCUAUGGCCAGUACUGUAGCCACAUGGAGAACGCCCAGAAAACACUGGAUGAAGUAAUAGCAACACGAGAGGAUGUGAAGAUCAAAGUUGAGGAAUGUACAAUGAAAGUGCAGGAAGGCAAGUUCAAGCUGCAGGAUCUUCUAGUGGUUCCCAUGCAGAGGGUACUCAAGUAUCACCUCCUACUAAAGGAACUUCUGAGUCACUCAACAGACCGACCAGAGAGACAACAACUAAAGGAGGCACUUGAAGCCAUGCAGGACUUGGCCAUGUACAUCAAUGAGGUCAAGCGUGACAACGAGACACUGAAGAAAAUUAGUGAAUUCCAAAGUUCUAUAGAAAAUCUUCAGCAGGUGAAGCUGGAGGAGUACGGGAGGCCAAAGAUAGACGGAGAGCUGAAGGUUUGCUCCAUUGUCAAUCGUACGAAACAGGACCGGUAUAUAUUCCUGUUUGAUAAAGUAGUCAUUGUCUGCAAGAGGAAGGGUUAUAGCUAUGAGCUCAAAGAGAUUAUUGAACUGCAGUCUUAUAAAAUGUCAGAUGAUCCCAUGAACAACAGAGACAUGAAAAAGUCAAGUGGAAAAAUGUGGUCUUAUGGCUUCUACUUGAUCCACCUGCAAGGGAAGCAGGGCUUCCAGUUCUUUUGUAAAACAGAAGACACAAAGAGGAAGUGGAUGGAACAAUUUGAAAUGGCCAUGUCCAACAUCAAGCCUGACAGAGCCACAGCUAACCAGCAUAACUUCCAAAUGCACACAUUUGAUAAGAACACAAACUGUCGAGCCUGCAAGAUGCUGCUGAGGGGCAUCUUCUAUCAGGGUUACUUCUGCUCUCGGUGUGGGACAGGAGCACACAAAGAGUGUCUGGAGGUGAUCACCAUCUGCAGGAUCAAUCCUCAUGACUUGGAACCCGGCAUGUCCUCAGGUCCCAAGAUGGUAGCAGUGAGAAACUACCACGGCACACCAACACCUCCAGGGAAGAUGCCUCUCUCCUUUCAAACAGGGGACUACAUCGAGCUGCUGAAAGGAGACCCUGACACUACGUGGUGGGAGGGAAGGCUGAUCCAGACACAAAAGAGUGGCUUUUUCCCCAGUUCCUGUGUUAAACCUUAUCUAGACCCAAAGCCUUUCCAGUCAUUAUCCAGCCGACAGUCAUCAAGGGAUGCAGAUUACUACGGAUAUCCUUGGUUUGCUGGAAACAUGGAGCGUCAACAAGCUGACAACCUCUUAAAAUCCCACAGCAGCGGGACCUACCUCAUCAGAGAGAGGACGGCUGAAGCAGAGAGGUUUGCCAUCAGCAUCAAAUUCAAUGAGGAAGUGAAACACAUUAAAGUCAUCGAGAAAGACAGCUGGAUCCACAUCACGGAGGCCAAGAAGUUUGAGAGCCUUUUGGAGCUGGUGGAGUAUUAUCAGUCCCAUUCACUCAAGGAAAGUUUCAAGCUGCUCGAUACCACAUUGCGAUAUCCAUACAAAUCAAGGGAACGCUCGCUAACAAGGGCCAGCACGCGCUCGCCAGCAGCCACCUGCGCCUCCUACAACUUCUCCUUCCUCAGUCCGCAGGGUCUGAACUUCUCCUCCUCUCCAAGCUCGGCUCCCUUUUGGUCAGUGUUCACUCCUCGCGUGGUCAGCACAGCAGUGGCCAGGUAUAACUUUGCAGCUCGAGACAUGAGAGAACUGUCUCUACGAGAAGGAGACGUCGUCAAAAUUUACAGCAAGAUCGGUGGAGACCAAGGCUGGUGGAAGGGAGAGACCAACGGACGUAUUGGAUGGUUUCCCUCAACCUAUGUGGAUGAAGAAGGAGUCCAGUAAGGGCUCGAUGUUUCCCGUCUGGCAAAAAAAUAAAAAAUCAGGAACCAUCUAUCUGCUGAUCUCAGAGAAAACUCCUCACUCUACAGGAAACGUUUUUGUUGACGCUUUUGCUGGAUCGCAAGCACCUUUUCCCCCCUCCCCCGUCUUCAAGUAUGCCUCAGCUUUGCUUGUCUUAUACUUUUCGCAGGAUUCCCCAUUUGAUUUCUGUACAGCCAAGAGGGGAAAGCGUGGCUUGCUGUGUGAUCCUUCAUUGAACACGGCAAAAACAGACUGUGCAUAGCUUUACGUCGAGAAAAGAAAAAGCCUUUGCGAACGUCUGCAAGGUAAAAUAAAUGUACAGUAUAGAUAAUUUAUUGAAUAGAUAUUAUUACCAUGAUUAUUGCCAUUGUGGGGAUUUUAGCAACAACAAAAAAUCUGCGGAGAAAAGUAAAAUAAGGAGGGGGGGAAAAAAAAGACAGUUGCUCUUUUUUUUUUUCCCACGUUGACAGAUUUUGCCUUAGUUGUCAUGGUGAUGCCUUGUGGGCUGACUCCAGUGGAGGGAAGAGACUUUGUUGCCUGGCUUGGCUUCUCAUGUAUGCAUGUGUCCAUGUGCGGCCCACACAAACACACACAAACACAAUUGUACAGUUCGGUGCCUUUGAAAGAACGCUUAGUGAACCUCGACAUCAGCCAGUAAAGAACAUCGCCAUCCCUGAAAAGGACCGUUUGUGCACAUGCAAAGGGAAAAACACACACAAGACUCGACAUCUGAGUCCUUGAAUGCAACACGAUGACGUAUGGACUCCCAAAAACCCCGAAGUGUUCAGCUCAAGCAGUCGCAGUUAACAUCAGUCAGGAUGUCUCGCAGAAGGGCAACAAGACCACCUCUUCACUCUGACAUCUCUUUGCUCACUUUUUUCAAACAUGGAACCAACAAGUCUGCAUGGAGUUUCAUUUCUUUGUAACUUGCCUUAUUUUUAUUGUAUUUUUAUUUUUUUACAGAUCAUCAGAUGUUUUUGCUCCCAGUUCUUAUGUGUGAAAUCCUCGUUGGUGCUGUGUCGACUGGUCACAAUUAAACUGCCAUUAAGAGAAGUGUGGGUGUGCUAAUAGUUGAGGGGGUGUGAUUCAGUGCCAAGUCUUUCUAUUUAUCUCCAGUCACUACUGAGCACUGUAUACAUCAAGGGUGUCCAAAGUGAGGCCCGGGGGGGCCUUUUUGGCACACACUUUUUAUUUAUUGGCCCUCGGCACAUUCUAAAAUUAAAAUUAAUUCAUCAUUGCAGGUGGUCCUCGGGUUACGAACGAGUUCUGUUCCCAGUAGAGUUUUAGUCGGAUUUUAUACCUAAAUUGAACCAAAAUUAACACUUAAGUCCCUUUGACGGUACACACAACACAUGAAGGACAUAUAAAAUACAGUAAAGAUGAAAUUAAACACUAAUAAAAAGAAAAACAGAGAACAACUCCUGACUUUUAUCUCUGUGGUUGUCUUGCACUCUGUAGAGCACAGGUGUCAAACACAAGGCCCGGGGGCCAGAUGUGGCCCGCCACAUCAUUUUAUGCAGCCCGCGAAACCCUUGGAAUAAUGCAUGAUAAUAAUGCACUUCACCUCUGCCCUUCUAAAUGUAUUUGACGUGUCAUUUUGACAGAAAAAUUGUACUGCAUGCGGUUCUUCUAAACGUCAGUAUUAUCUAACCAUGCAGCAAGAUAUUCCAAGCAUUUUUCAAAAACAAAUACUUGAAUGUCUGCCUGUCACCAUGACAUUCUCACUUCACUUCUCAUUUCGAAGCAAGUUAUCCAUCAAUUUGUUAGUAAAAAUAUAAUAAUCUAAUGCAUGGGCAACUGUGUAAUAAUAUUAUGAGGUUAUAUUCAUAUUUAGAUUCAUAUAUACUGACAGUUACAAGUGGCCCUCUGAGGGCAGCCGUAACUGCGAUGUGGCCCUCAAUGAAAAUGAGUUUGACACCCCUGCUGUAGAGGAAGAAAAAUGCCCAAUACAGUCGUCCCUCGUUUAUCACGGUUAAUUGGUUCCAGAACUGACCGCAAAGUAGGAUUCAAUAUUAAUAAACACAAUAUUUUUGUAGUUAAAGCAUAGAAAACCUUUCAAAAUAUGUUUUUAACAUCAUUAGUGACCUGUAGACAUGAAAUAACACCCCAAUUGUCACGUCUACACUCCUGUUGUUCUUUAUUUACAUCACAUUGUGCAGGCUACCGGAUCACGGCAGGGACAUAACAGAGAGCCGACGCUAGCAUAGCGAGCGAAGUAGUUAGCCUCUCCAAUUUACAUAUUGUAAACUUAAGGAAGUUUGUCAAACAGAGUGGGGAAGAAGGACAAAGAACCCAAAAACUUACCACUUCCGCACGCAAUGAGAGGAAAACCUUUUUUGCAUUCGAUCUCAGCCAUGUCAUGUCCGCCUCGGCCAUGGCAUGUCGGCUCGGCUCUGCUGGCUCAGUAGCCAGUCUCCAUGCAGCGUGAAAGGUAAUGUAAUCUAACAUCACGUCUCAUGACAUUCCUGACUUGUAGUGAUCACAAUACUACAUAUAACUUGUCUCUCAAUGUUUUUUGACUAAUAAUAGGCCAUAGUCAGCCAUAUAGUGACGGAGCAAUAUUCUAACCGCGAUAUAGCGAGGGAUAACUGAUGAGAUUUGCUUAGUUAUCACUCUCCUUUUCACAUAGAUCACAUACUUCCACAUGUUCAACAAUACCAGCUUUAUCUUUCAUGAUGAUCACCAUGUUUGAGCAGCUAUGAACGGGCAGCCAAUGUUCUAGCGCCGUCUAAUUCGACCUUCAUUUUCUUCUAUGCGCUGCCCCCAGAAGAGUCUGCCUUGUGCUUGAGAGACAUAACGAAGUGCAUAAAGGGAACUCAUAAGCGAUCUUGUCCUUAUUCCGUGUAGCUGCGAAUGAGGCACACACAGCAUUCGUCUGUGGCGCGGGACAUGAGAAACACACCGUAUCUUUGCGCUUUGUGCAGUGCGUAUUCAUCCGCCGCGUGUGCUGUAACUAGUUCUCGAGCUAGUCGAGCAUUUAUGGACCAAAGUGAAGUUUUUAAUUGUUGAUUGGUUUUAGAAUCUUUUGGUAUGGAUGCGUCCAUGCUGGAAAACGUUUGGACACCCCUGGUAUACGUCCGUCUACGAAGAUCUAAAUCACUGGCAUACAGAUUUGGUUUCUGCUGUCUUCAUUACGAACAUGGAUGUACCACAUGGUUUUUUACUCGCACCUUUUCACACAUUUCUGAUAUUUAUUGACAGAUUCACUCAGCUACUUGCCGUACGGUCAUUUACAAUUACUUUCUGUUCCAUCUGCCACCUACACAAGUGUCUGCGCAGUACUUCUUGGAGAUGUCCAAUGUGCAAAAAGGAACCACAAUGCUUGGCUGGGUAAAAGCAGCCGUUAUGUAAUGUACAUUUAAUAAUGAGGAUGGGUCAAACAUGAAGUUAUUAAAAGUGUGCAUUUCAUCCUUGAAAGUGUGCACGCAGCCCACUGAGAAGUAAAGUGCAAACACUGAGCAAGUUUUUUGACUGUUUAUGAUGGGUGCUGUUGCAAAAAGCGCAGUCCGGCUAUUCUAUGUGUGUUGGGAGGUGGGGCAAGG